ACAGAAACCCACAAAAAAAAGUCAACUGAUUCUGUUCACAGCUUCCCAUUACAGCCGGGCUUCUCUUUUUGUACUUCAGCUUCAGAUAAUAAUUAAUAUAUAAACAAACAACUUCUUGCGCGUUUUUAAUCUUUGAGCUGCAGCUUCUCUUGGCCAGAUGCAGAGAGUGAUAUGACAUCUUCAGAGGGAGGAGAAACGAAUGAGAGCAUGUAAGAGAGGAAGAGAAAUUAACAGGAUAUAGGUGUGCACCGCAUGUAUGAGUGUGUAGAUUUGUAGAUGUGCAGUUUGGUGUUGGUGGUCGGAGCCUGCAGUCACUUUACUCCGAAGCUCAUAUCUCUCGUGCAACACUGAAAGACAGAGAGAACAAGAAAGGGGAAGAACAGAGCUGUGUUAAACUUUCCGGUCCAGAUACACGCAAGAUUACCUCAGCAAAACACCAAACAAACAGAAAACAAGCAAAAAGCAAAGAAUUCGUUUGGCCGACUACUUUCUAUAAAUGAGUCUGGAUGCUUUCUGCAUUUUCGAUCACAUUCACAAGCCUCAAAAGUGGAUCAUCAAGGAAAACAGAAGCUCAGUUGAGCACAUACUUUAUACAAGCUUCUACAUUGAGCGACUUUCCACCUAGCGUGCACAUCAUGGGGCUCAUCUUAAGAAAUCUGCUACUGUUUCUUGUUCUCGGGCCCUGUUUCAUGUCCACCGGUGCACAAGAGUUUACAGCGACAGAUGAAAAUAUCACCACCUCAUUACCUAAUAAUGUCACCGUGGAAGACACAACUGUUCUGUCAUCAUUUUAUCAUUUCACUGAUGAAACCAUCAGUUCUGCACCAGUAGAUCCGGUCACAGAUGUCCAAACAGAACCAGUCACAUAUGAUCUGCAGACCACACUUGCGAGCACCACAGGCACCAUGCAGGACACAACAACUAUGAAUACUACACCACUCGAUCCUGUUAUUGAAGAAACAACACCAGAAUCUGCUUCUGAAACAAUGGCAACAGCUCAAAUUCAGCAGACCACAAUGACCAGCACUACUCUGCCUGUUUUUAUAGAAACAUCAAUGACUGAACAGAAAACCCCAGAAGCCACAACCACAAGUCAGUUUGAAACAACUGUUGCCUUCAAUGUACCAAUGCUGACCAGUCCUUCAGAACGUCCAAUGGAUUUCAUCACAACAGGAGCUUUGGCCAUGACGACGUCUGAUUCAACAGAAGAUCCCAAAACCACAACCAACAUGACUGAACCUUCUACAGAUGGGACUACGAUCAUAUUGUUUGACUCUGUGGACACCAGCAUGACAACCUCCACUGAAACUCCAACAUCCACUUCACAAUUGACUGAAAGUGAUGCUAUUACAAUUGAAGUGUUAAAUAACAACACAGUCUCUGAAGUUUUCAUGCCUGUCACAAGUGGUGUAAACGUUGAGCAAAGUACUUUUCAUGAAGAAACCAACUGGUUAUUAAUAAUCAUAGUGUGUGCAAUCGUUGCCUGUGUGCUAUGUGUUAUCGUGAUACUGUUUAUACAACAGCGAAAGAAAAAGGCCUCUCAGACAUUUGGCCCAGCGUACAUGAAUGGACAAAGCAAACGGUCUAAGAAGAAAAAAGGGGAGGUGGAUGAUGGGUGGGCGGGACCUGUGAAUCUGGAGGCGGGAGCUGAUUGUGACGCUGACGUCCAGGAGGCUCUUCUGCAUAAUGAUGAGAAAAAGGAUGGAGACGAUGUGGUGCUCAGUACAUUCGCCACCCUGGAUGAAGAUGCCAUGUCUGAUGGAGGAGUGGGUGGAGAAGGAACCAAAGAGGCUAAGAAAUGGGAGGAGCAGGAACCUAUGCCUUUUAUUGAUGAGGAUGUGGAUGAAAACAAGGCGGGAAAAACACUGUCAGGAAAUGAGAGUUCGAAGGGAGACGGGAAAAGUGAAGAGAACAUGAAUGGAGGAGAAACGUUCUGUCUUACCACGGCUGUCUAAAAGUCUUCUGUUCGGAAUCUGUAUCUUGUAUGUAUGUAACGGUGCGAUAAACAUGGACUAUAUAUUACACAUCUGUAUAUUAUUUGAUUAUCAUAGUUCAUUAUGAUGAAUGAUGUUAUAAAAUUCUUGCUGAUUCUAUUCCAGAUUUGUGUAUAAUAUUGCAAGGCACAGGUAACAAAACACUCAGUAGUGUGAACGUAUGAGGUACAACUCAUCAACUUUUAAAGCUAGCAUCUUUCUGUUGAUCAAUACAGUAUAUUACCCAUCUGAAUGAUUUGCUAUAUUUUCAUUUGAAAAUCUUUAGCAGUUGUGUCAAUUGCUAUUGAAAUUUAGCAAACAAUAGGGGGGAAAUGUUCUCAACACUCAAAUACAACAUUUCUGAAUGAAUUAGAUAUAUAAUAAAAAUGCAUCUAUUCAAAAUGUUUGCUAUCAAUGUGGACUUUACCUGCUUUAUCCAAUCAUACAGUCAUACUAAUUACAGCAUGCAAUGUUAAUCUUUAAAAUAACCAGGCAGCAAAGAUUUUCUGACAUUGUGAGAAUGAAACCACAAUAUUCAUCCAUUCAUUUUCUUUUUGGCUUAGUCCCUAUAUUAAUCUGGGGUUGCCACAGUGGAAUGAACCACCAAAUUACACAGCAUAUGUUUUUACGCAGUGGAUGCCUUUCCAGAUGCAACCCAUCACAGGAAAACACACUCAUUUACACAUAUAACCUACAGACAAUUUUAGCUCACCCAAUUCACCUGUACCACGUCUUUGGACUUGUGCACUACCUACUGCGCCACCGCGUCGCC